AUGCGAGAGAAGGCGGACGCUCAGGGUGUCGAUCUGCUGGUGGUAGAUACAGGCGAUAGAGUGGAAGGAAAUGGACUAUAUGACUCAUCUGAGCCGAAAGGCGUCUACAUUUCCAAGAUCUUGCGGGAACAGCAUAUCGACCUCAUCUCGGCCGGAAACCACGAACUGUACAAGCAAAACACAUCCGAGGCUGAACUAUUCACCACCGUGACCAACUUUCGAGGGAAUUACCUAGCAUCGAACAUCGAUAUUGUACAUCCCAUCACCAAAGUACUUGUGCCGCUCGCUCCUCGCUUUAAAAAAUUCACUACUGAAAAUCAGGGCAUCCGCAUCACUGCUUUUGGAUUCCUUUUUGAUUUCAGGAUGAAUUACAAUAACACUAUGGUAUACCCCGUAGAAGAAACUGUCAAAGAGGUUUGGUUCCAAGAAGCAGUUAGGGACAAGGAUGUUGACCUUUUUCUUGUGAUUGGCCAUGUGCCGGUUCACUCCAAAGAGUAUAAUACUGUAUUCAAAGAAAUCAGGGCCGUCCAUCAGGAUAUACCAAUCCAGUUCUUUGGUGGUCAUUAUCAUAUCCGUGAUUUUGCCAGACUCGAUUCUAAAGCAUAUGGGUUGGCAAGUGGGCGCUUUAUGGAAACUAUAGGUUUCAUGUCGAUAGACGGUUUAUCUACGAACAAGAGGCAGAGAAACCCCUCUUUCACAACCCCCACCUUCCACAGGAGAUAUAUUGAUAACAAUAUUUUCUCCUUCCUUCACCAUACUGGUCUUGACUCUGAAUCAUUUACAACAGAACUGGGUCGGAAUGUGUCCCGAUUUAUCCAAGAAUCUAGAAGCGCCCUUCAAUUGGACAAAAUACAUGGCUGCGCCCCUCGGGAUCUUUGGAUGUCUCGAGUUCCGUAUCCUAAUGAGAGUAGCAUUUACUCUUGGCUUGAGACACAGGUACUGCCUGAAUUCUUGAAAGAUAAAUCUCGAGUUGGGAAGCCCACCCUUGCCAUCGUUAAUACUGGUGCAAUCCGCUUUGAUAUAUUCAAGGGGCCCUUUACCCAAGACACUAGUUUUAUAGUAUCUCCAUUUGAAAGCGGAUUUCGUUAUCUGAAAAAUAUUCCUUAUCAAAAAGCAAAACAGAUUUUGGAGAUAUUGAAUAAACAACCCCAGAUUCUUGACAGUUCCGACAGUCAAAGUCAUUAUAUAUGGCCACUUGCCCCCCCUGAACAGUCAAUAUAUCACCAUGAUUCGAUUAUUUACCAGGGCAUCAUGGAGCGUGAUCAGCACACAGACCAAUUCCCACUGAUGAGCGAUAACCACCCUCAGCCUGUUAUUCUACCUGGGUAUACCACAGCUGACGAUGGGGGCAGAGACGGCGAUGACACCAUCCACUCUCCCAUCCCUUUUUAUCGCAUACCAAACUGCAUUCAGGCCCGAAUGUCAUUAAAUGAAUCUGCAAUCCCUGAAAUAGUGGACCUUGUAUACAUUGACUUUAUAGAGUCUUACGUGGCUCUUGCAGCUAAAUUCGCCAAUCUUGAUGUUGAUAUUUCGAGGGAUAGUGAUGUGUACAUGCCAUCCAUGACAUUCACAAGACUCAUUUUGGACUGGGUGAAGAAUAACUGGAGCUGUGGUGAUGUCUAA